UACCGAAACGAAAGCUAUCAAAAGCAAAAUAUUUCAUUGAAAUUCAAAUUUACUAAUGUUUACAUCUGAAACCGAAACGAAUGCUUUCAAAAGCAAAGUCAUGGAAUACAGAUAACAUUGCCACACAAAAAAAGCUAAUUGCUAAAAGUCUUUUCAAGAGUGACGUCAUAUUUCAUGGAGCUUGUAAUAAUUUUUCCUUACAAAGGUGUUACUUUUUAAUCUUCAGGUUUGGCAGUAAAGUUUGAAAUGGUUUUAUCGUUGUAUCAAAUGAAUUCUUUGUUUUGUAUUGUGCAUCUUAAAGCUUGAAUAAGCUGUACGUGCAUACCACAAAAGACAGAAACCUCGUGUGCGAAGCGUUAACCUACUGUUAACUACUGUUUACAAUAGAACAUGAUAUAAACAUGCUUAAGCAUAUUCAUGCAGCGCAGAAACCUCACCUGUGUGAUGUAUGUAACCAGUCAUUUAGCCGGAGAGGUCAUUUAGAGGAGCAUAUGCUUAUUCACACAGGAGAAAAACCUUAUGUUUGUGAGGAAUGUAACAAAUCAUUUAGGCAAAAGAGAAAAUUAAAGUUGCAUAUGCUUAUUCAUACUGGAGAGAAAAGUUUUCUGUGUGAAGUAUGUAACAAGUCAUUUGCUCAAAAAGAUGAUUUGAACAAGCAUAUACUUAUUCAUACUGGAGAGAAACCCCAUGUGUGUGUAGUAUGCCGUAAGUCAUUUGGACUAAAAUGUAAUCUGAAAGUGCAUACACUAAUUCACACAGGGGAGAAACCACAUGUGUGUAAUGUAUGUAACCAGUCAUUUAAGCAGAAAAGUAAUUUAAAGGAGCAUAUGCUCAUCCACACAGGAACAAAACCGUACGUGUGUGAGAUAUGUAAUAAAUCAUUCAGACAAAGUGGUGCUUUAAAUAAGCAUAUGCUUAUUCAUACAGGAGAGAAAUAUCAUGUGUGUGAAGUAUGCAACAAGUCUUUUACAAGAAAGUAUGAUUUGAACAUGCAUGUGGUUAUUCACACAGGAGAAAAACCUUAUAUAUGUCAAAUAUGUAACAAGUCAUUUAAUCAUAACAGUAAUUUAAAAGUGCAUAUGCUUAUUCAUACAGGAGAAAAGCCUCAUAUGUGUGUGAUCUGUAGGAAGUCAUUUAGACAAAAGUCUAUAUUAAACAGGCAUGUGCUUACUCACACAAAAGAAAGCUCAUCUGUAUGAAAUGUAUAAUAAGUCAUUUAAACUGAAAGAUGAUUUAAACAAGCAUACAUUUAUUCACUCAUGAGAGGAAUCAUGUGUGUGUAAUGUAACAGUUUAUUUAGAUGAAAAAGCUAUUUAAAGUAGCAUAUUGGUUGCCCAUAUAAGAGAAACCUCGGUUUAAUCCUAGUAUCCAGUGCACUGGUAUCCAAUGAUUUGGCGACUUUAUGAUGAGCAGUAAAAACGGGACAUAUACGAUGAGUAGUAAACGGGUCAUUCAAAGAAGAUAUAUAUAGUACAUA